CCAUCCAUCACCUUGCCUCUUCCACCUGUUUCGCCAGCCAAGCAGGAGGGCCUUUCUUCUCAAUCGGCCGUCUUUUCUCCUCGACCUUUUUUUUAUUACUUCCCUCCCUCUCUAGAUCUUGUCGGAUCUCGCUGCAACUGACAAAGCCACGGCGUUGCGCGUUGGCUCUUGUUCUCCACCCCCCCAGUCAACCUGCUUCGAAAUCUCCUCGCUGCUCCACCACCCCCUUUCCUUUUCUGUCGGAACAACGACAUCGCGUCUUUCGACCUUCCAACAACCAAAUCUCAGUCCUGGGACGGAUCAGUCGCCCACGAUGGCUUCCUCAAUCGGUUCGGCAUUUCGGUCGUUUUGGCAUACCAUGACCAGCUAUGACCGACAUUCAAAUUAUGAUUCCCCUUACCGAACGGGUCGCCACGUCCCACUUAACCGAGAUACCCUGACCUCCGUCGCGACCGCCAACGAAUCCCGCGCCGACAUCACAUCUACAUACCAUGACGAGAUGGGACGUGGUUCAUCAUCGGUCCUGGAAGGUACCUCGACCGCUUAUAUGGGCCCCUCACAGUCACUCCCCACGAGCCCGAUGGCGCCAGGGAGGCCAUAUUCCCCCGGGAUGAGGUCUCUCAAUGCUAGGGGGUCCACCACACUCGACGGGGCCGACGGAUUCGAGAUGCAGAGCCCAUCAGGCGAAAUACCCAUGCAGUCGUUCCGGGAUGGCCUCCCACCCCCGCCUCCAGUAUCACACACUUGGUCCCGCAUAGACAAGUGGGCCGACGAAAACUAUCCCGAGCUGUAUGACCAGGUCUGCGAGGGCUGUACCGCCAACGACAUCAAUGAGCUCGAACAUCAGCUCGACUGCACUCUCCCGCAGGAUGUGCGAGAAUCAUUACAGAUCCAUGAUGGCCAGGAGCGACCAGGAAACCCCACGGGCAUCAUCUUCGGGUCCAUGCUGCUGGAUUGUGAGGAGAUCGUACAGGAGUGGGAUAACUGGAGGAGGGUGAAUCUCGAGUUCCUGUCUGACGCCGCGGUUGCGACCGCCGCUGCGAAACCUUCGGUGCCAAGCAAGGCACAUGGCGGGAGUAGCGAGGCGUCAUCAUCGAGACAGAGUCCGCCGAGCCCGGCGCCGUCAAACAAUGGAAUGUGGAGACAAGAUCUACUUGCUCGUCAGGGCUCGAUCCCCGUCAACGCGGUCCAGAAAUCAUACGCACAUCCCGCUUGGAUCCCUCUUGUCCGGGACUGGGGCGGCAACAACCUGGCAGUGGAUCUGGCACCCGGGCCUACUGGACAGUGGGGUCAGGUCAUCCUCUUCGGUCGCGACUAUGAUACGAAAUAUGUAGUGGCUCGAUCCUGGGCGGCCUUCUUAGCCCUCGUCGCCGAUGAUCUCAACAGCGGGAAGUGGUUCGUCGACGAGGACAGCGGCGAGCUCAAAUUGCGCGAGUUCAAGGCGGCUCGUGUUGAGCCUGCUUACUUUGAAAUCCUAAGGUGGAGAAUGGACCAGAAAUACGGCCGACGUGCUGCUAAGCGGAAAUCUGCUGUUCCUGGGCCUGCAGUCUCACCCACCGGCUCCGGUUCUCCUUACUCCAGCCCCACGGAGCCAAACGGGGAGCCCAGAGGCCGAUCUAUGCAGCGACUGAGCCUCAACUCGCCGGUAACUAGUCCUAUCCGGCCCGGAUAUGGCAAAUCGAGCCCCCUUGCUCGGGUAGCAGAGGAGGCAACAGGUCAGGCUGCAAAUGGGGCCAAGCCUCUCGAGAAGCUAGUCGAAGUGGAAACACCGCGCCACAGCGACGAGGGCAGCAAGGCGACAGCGAGGCUCUCGGCAUUGGCAAACGGCGAGACUCUGGCUGAUGACGCGGCACCCGCCGCCGAGUCUGGCGGCAGCAAUAAUACAGAAAAGUCGAGCGGCAAGCAACCCAUGGCGAUAGAGGAGGUGAUGAAGACUAUCGAGAUCUGAAGAGAGACGACCAGUCACGAAAUUACGGACGACUUAGCAGUCAAAAAAGAUGCAUCGAGGCAGCAACCAAUACGGCGUUUUCGGCGUGGCCCAGCAACACCUCGAGCCUACACGGCAGCAUGGCACCACUUAUCUCGUUUUCUUUUUCGAUCUUCUUCGGCAUUCCCUUUUUGCGGACUACAGGCGAGGGUAGCAACUACUCUUGUCCCAUAUGGCCGCCUCGGAUCGAGUCCCACUAGGGGGAUUCUAUCCUUAUUCAAAAACGAGGACAGGCUGUUCAGUGUAGCACCACAUUUUGUCUAGUC